GGCAGAGAGAGAGAUUUAAGAAUUGAUAGGUGGCCGAGUUGUGCUUGGCAGUGUGGAUAUGCGCAGGCAAAAACGAGGAGGUGUAUUCCUCUCUCCUAUGGGAUUCCUGACAGCAAUGGACAGAGAGAAGAAGGAGGAACAGUGGCUGGCGUUUCUCGACUUUCAGGUCUAUAAAGGCGCACAUCAGACCUCUUUAAUUAGCGCAUUUAGCAAGAUUUCAUAUCACUUCGGAUACUAGACACAGUUCUAUUAGCACAGAGGCGCCACAGGAAGAUUCCAGGACAAGGGCGCAGCCAUGACGACAGAGAGCUCCCAGCAACGCUUGGAUCCAUCUAAUCCUCUGUGCUCCGGUGCAGCGGCCGGUGCCGUGAAUGCGGCGCUGCUGAGCGCGCGGCCGCUGAUGGACAGCGCAUCACCCAAAGGGAAGAAGGCAAACUCGGGCUUGAGACGCCCGGAAAAGCCCCCCUACUCCUACAUAGCCCUCAUCGUGAUGGCAAUUCAAAGCUCGCCGACCAAACGGCUCACUCUCAGCGAAAUCUACCAGUUUCUACAGGCCCGCUUCCCGUUCUUCAGAGGCUCCUACCAAGGAUGGAAAAACUCCGUUAGACACAACCUGUCCUUGAACGAGUGCUUUAUAAAGCUGCCCAAAGGUCUCGGCAGACCCGGCAAAGGCCACUACUGGACCAUUGACCCGGGCAGUGAGUUUAUGUUCGAGGAGGGCUCUUUUCGUCGCAGACCACGGGGGUUCCGUAGGAAAUGCCAAGCUUUGAAGCCAAUGUACCGGAUGAUGAAUGGCAUCGGGUUUGGCGCAUCUGUGCUGCAGCAGAACUUUGAUUUCCAAACGCCUCCUGGCUCGUUAGCGUGUCAUAACGGCUACAACAUAGACUUGAUGGGGAAUACGGGGGCAGGGGGCUUCGAGGGACUCGGAGGGGGACACGUUCCGCACGUGUCCCCCGGCCCCGGGGCGUCAUACGUGGCUGCGUGUCAGAUGGGCUCCGCCGCGGACUACUGCCCGGACAGCAGCAGCAGCCCCGUGCAGUCCUCCCCGGCGGUGGUGGGCUCUUUGGACUGUCACUCGCCCUAUGCAAACACGGCCUCACACUGGAGCUCACCCGGCGUGCCCUCCUAUAUCAAACAGCAGUCACUAGCGUCGGGCAGUCCCACGUCCUCUGCUCUGCACACGGGGAUGCCGUCCUACACGUUGGAUCAGGGCUAUCUGCACCAUAAUGCACGCGAUUCCGCUGACAUUCCAGUGGGGCUGUCUCGGUAUUCCUGCCACUCAUCUCCCGUGUGUGACAGGAAGGAUUUCGUCUUGAACUUAAAUGGCAUCUCUUCCCUUCAUCCCAGCGCCGGGGGAUCCUAUUAUCAUCAGCUCCACCACCACCAGAGCGUCUAUCAGGAUGUAAAGCCAUGCGUCAUGUGACCGGAAGAGGCAAAAGAGACAAAAGUGCAAAUGCAACCCUCGGGCACUUUGUCGCCGUAACAAAAAUGAACGGUUAUUUUCUAACCGCCUGGUGGUUUUCAUUCAAUAUGAUGGGACCUGUCGUGCCAUUACGCGCUCUCACUACGUAACUGACUUUAAGUCCCAACUCUUACUGAAAAAGACAUAGCACACACCUGAAUAUAUCGUCAUGCACUUGUUGAUAUCCUGUAGCAAGCAAUUAAAGAUAAUUGAUUUCAAAGCAGUGA